GUGUAUUCCUUGCAAAGGAGCCCGAUUCCCUCCUACGCUGCCACGGCCUGCCGUAGCGAUAUUAUCUUUUAAACUUCCUUACUGUCAAGUUGCGACAGAAAAGGGACAGAUGGAGGAGCAGUACUGGCGUUCGGUUGUAUUUCACAACCAUGUGGAUUACUUGUCAAAAAGUGGAUAUGAACUUGAUGAAAAUGCUAAAAAUCAGGCAGUGAAGGAACAGCAAGAACUUUUAAUGAAGCUCUUUGCCCUUUCUUGUAAACUGGAGCGUGAAUUUCGCUGUGUGGAACUUGCUGACCUCAUGACACAAAACGUUGUGAAUUUAGCUAUCAAGUACGCUUCUCGCUCGCGGAGGCUAAAUUUAGCUCAGCGACUUAGUGAAAUGGCUGUAGAAAAAGCGAGUGAGUUGGCAACAGCAACGGAAGAAGACGAGGAGGAAGAGGAUUUCCGAAAGCACUUGAAUGCUGGUUACAGCAACUCUGCCACGGCGUGGAGUCGGCUGCCGGUCAGAAAUGUUCACCAGGACCAAGAAAUGGAAGAUGCUGAGGAAGCUGAUGCCUGUGAGGAAGAGGAAGACGCACCAGAAGUGCCCAAACAGAGGCCAAAUCCUUUCUCCAAAGGUGUCACUUCAGCAGAGGUGACUACUCCCAAGUCUGUUGUAAUUGCAUCAAGCAGCCAAGGACGAGUAAAUCCCUUUAAGGUGUCAUCAAACAAAAAGGACCCGGUGGUCCCUUCAGGAAAUGUUCUAGACAGUAUGAACAAAUACUCGAAGAAAACUUCUUUGUCCAGCAGUCGAGCUGUGAACAAGCAGAACUCUCCAGUUAUAAAACCUCUGAUUCCCAAACCCAAAUCCAAGCAGGCUUCAGCAGCCUCCUUCUUCCAGGUUCGUACACCUAACUCUAGUGAAAAAACAGUGGAAGACAGAGAAGAAAAAGCAGGAAACAAGUCCCAUGAAGUCAAAGUCACCGCACAGGAGAGCACUGAAAACAGAAGACCAAAGACAGGAUUCCAAAUGUGGCUAGAAGAGAACAGAACAAACAUUUUGACAGAUAAUCCUGAUCUGAAUGAAGCAGAAGUAAUAAAAGAAGGCAUGAGUCGAUUUAGAAUGCUGUCAUCAGAAGAAAGAAUGGCAUGGACUGAGAAAGCAAAGGGAGGAACAGAUUCAGCAGAAGAUAAAAAGCGAAAGCGUCCCAUGGUUGAUGAAGAUGAAGCGAAAAAAGACCAGGAGCAAAAAACUCAGGAGGACUCAAAUGCAUCCAAAAAACCAAAGCCCUUAGACCAGUCUACAAACGGCAGACUGUCAGCUUUUGCGUUCAAGCAAAGCUAA